AUGAAUACCCAAAACUUUAAAACGGCAGUUCUGCAUAAAGAUAGCUAUAUUGAUAAAUCAUUACUCAUCAAAGAAAUUUUAAAAACUAGUUCCACCAAUAUAGUCAUCUCAUGUCCACAAAAAUGGGGGAAAACACUUAAUAUGGAUAUGAUAAAAACUUUUUUCAACCCAAGAAAUGAUGAUGCUGGGUAUUUUAAAAAUUUGUACUUGUUCACUGGUGGAAAAGAUAAUGUUAAGUUCAAAUUGGACAAAACAAAAUGCUUAAAAAUAAUAACUGAAGAUAAUGGUUAUUAUUAG